CAAAAUUCGUGUGAUAAGUAUGCUCUGUGUUCACAGGUGUUCCGAGACUGUCCAGCAUCUAUUACAUAGCAAAGAUUGAUAAUGCCCAUGAGGUGGUGUGGACACAAUUUAGAUCCUUAAGAACUAGUACACCAUGAGAGGACUUCAUAAGAUGUGCCAUAGACUGCUGUUGGAUGCAAUCACACAUCCACCUCCACUAAUUGCUGUGGUUUUAACCGUGUUUCUGUCAGUGUUUGCUGUAGGCUUUUGGUGUGCUCAUUGGAUUGAUCAAGUUGACCUAGCGGCAUACAGAACACUCAAUGUGUUUACCGACAAUAUCAAAGGAGAAAAUCUUUUAAACCAAAUAUCAAGUGGUCUUCCCAUUGAUGUUGUUUACACCUGGGUCAAUGGAUCUGAUCCAGAGCUGCUGCUGGGCCUUCAAAAACUAUCAAAAAUAAAUCCCAAAGAGUCCUGUCCACUUUCUCAUUGCCUGCCUGCUCCAUACGUCAGUUUUUUGAAUAACCAGCAUAUUAAAAAUCCUGUAACUGAAGUACUCUCACAGUUAGAAGUGCUGGAUAUGGAGAAGAUCAUUGUUACCCAUAAUGAUUCUCCAAAAAACCUUACUGUCCUUCAUUUGGUCGAAGAACAUAUGCCUACUGCCAUAAGGAAAAUCUCACAGACAUUAGGCAACAGCUCCCAACCGAUGCAGGCAUACUGGACGUCAGACGUUGGAGGUGGUUGGGGGAUGAAAAAACGGAAUGCUGCGAUAAUAACUGGAGGAGGAACAGUGGCAUCGGAGAAAUUACUGAGUACUUUAUUUCCAGAUCAUAAGAAUAUAUCUGUUCAGUGCUCAGUAUCUGGUACAAGUGCUGUGAAGGUGGUGGAAUGCAGUGAUGUUGAACUUAUUAAGGAAUUGUUAGAAGCUAAUGUCAACCCACACAUCUUGCCAGAUACCACAGUCAAAGUGCGGCCUGCCAUGUUAAUGCUGCAGCCAGAUAAGGAUGAUCAUAUGAAAGAAAUUGAUGCCAAUAGAUUUGAAGAUAAUGAGGAGUUACGUUACUCUCUCAGGUCUUUAGAGAAGCAUGCACCCUGGGUACGUCGGAUUUUCAUUGUCACAAGUGGUCAGAUUCCGUACUGGAUUAACUUAGAUCAUCCAAAAUUGAAGAUAAUCCAGCAUGAAGAUAUUUUUCUAAACAAAAGUCAUCUUCCAACCUAUUCGUCUCCUGCUAUCGAAAGCCAUAUACACAGGAUUCCUGGGCUAUCAGAACAUUUCCUCUACCUAAAUGAUGAUGUAAUGCUUGGUUCAGAAGUUUGGCCAGAAGAUUUUUAUUCACCAGCCACUGGUUAUAAGGUUUAUCUCUCGUGGUCCUUGCCUGAAUGCUCCUCAGGCUGUCCGGGUUCUUGGUUGAAUGAUGGAUAUUGUGAUCGUUCUUGCAAUACCUCUGCGUGUGAGUGGGAUGGAGGUGACUGUGCUCGUGACAGAGAUGAAAAUGGUAUGUUCGACGGGGAGGAAGAAUUUGGACCUGACAUGGCACUGGAUUUCUGUGCACCCUCUUGCUCAGAUUUGUGGAUAGCAGAUAAAUACUGCGAUCAUUCUUGUAAUGUUCGGGCGUGUGGGUACGAUGGAGGAGACUGCGGUUUGGAUGAUGUUAAGCAUUUGCAUGAAAUACCUGCGCCUACAGAAUCAGAGCUCACUCAUAUUCUUCCAAAAGGGGUUUAUGUUGCUUGGAUGAAUAUAUCAACGUUAGCAAAGGGAGGUAAAGCAAUGACUGGACAACAUACAGAGCUGGAUGGACUACGAAGCAUAAAUGUUAAUGUAGCCCAGGGUAUCCUAUUUCUACUCUUGAAAAAUAAUAUUACUGCUGCUCUGCGGAUUGAACUUGAAGUACUCGACAAAGUUCGAGACAACCAUGGUCCAAAAGUGGACAUGAGCAGAAAGUUUAACAUCACUCUGAAAUGUGAUACAUCUCCAAGUGAAGAAGUUGUAACAAAGACAAUCAAGAUAGCAUCUUCAAGCCGUCCUGCUUUUGUAAGAAAUUUUGUUUUUGAUCAGGUUUCUCCUGAAUACAUAGACAACGAUCAUGCUGAUAUUGAUGGUACAGAUCUGCAGAAGUAUUCUUUAGUCAAUUUAAAUGCCUCUAAACUUCCUCAAGAAGUUACUGAUCAGGUUUUAUUUUAUGAAUUGUUGUAUAAGAAUGAUGAAAUUACUCUGAAUUUGUUGGAAAAGAGAAAGUCAUUACUUAUUAAGAACUAUAUUGAAAGCAAUCCCAAUCAUAAGCUAAUAUAUCAUAGUGCUUCGGAGUGGCCCCCUGAAAUACAGAAAGCUGUCAAUAGUAUAGGAGAGAGUUUGUAUAAAAAUGCAUCAGAAAAGAUUUUAACAAAUUUUGUCAACAUUAAAAGCAACAGUACAAGCAAAAACACUAAGAAUUUUACCACCAGAGGACUGCUUUGGGACAAGAAAAAAAUGAAUGAUAUAUAUGAAGAGUCUGUUAUUGGAGAAAAUAAAGUUCACUAUAUAAGCACUGCUAAAGAUAAUCAGAAAAUAAAGGAUGUAAAUAAGAGGAAGUAUGUAGACAAUGGAACUUUGGGAGCACAUCAUGGUAAUCUCCCUUGGGAAAGACAACAGUUAUUUGCUCAGGACACUAACUUGAAUCCACCAACCGGCUCUGGCGACUAUCUUGUGUUCCAUGGCAGUGGUCGCCGUCUCUUGGAUAUGUUUGCAGAGUCACUUCUCCAUGUUAACCGUCUGUACAACUCCGAGUUUGGGUAUGAGGCCCGUCGAGUUCCUGCACAUAUGCCCCAUCUCAUCAACAAACAAAUUAUGGAAGAUCUGCAAUCAAGAUUUCAAGAAGAAUAUGAAUUGACAUCAUCCCAUAAGAUUAGGCAAGCCAAUGACAUGCAGUACGCGUUCUCGUACUUUUUCUACCUGAUGAGCAAGAAAAGACUUAGAACUACAGAGGAAAUUUUUGCAUCAUUUGAUACUGAUAAUUCCGGGACACUGUCUGAUAGAGAAAUCCGAACGCUGUUGACUCGUCUCUAUGACCUCCCACUCCAUUAUUCAACCGUCCAAGCAUUCCAUUAUUUUGUUAAGAACUGUUCAGCAACACAUCAUAUAAAACCUGUCCCUACUCCAGUUUAUGAAAGAUACAGUGACUCUGAUAUUCCUACUGUGAGUUUAGAGCUUAUACUUUUGUGUGAACCUUUGAGGAAUCUCCUAAACAAAUUAGAAAAGGUCAGCAAAUACAGGUACUCACAGCUGUCUGAUGAUUCUGUCCAGUUCAAGAUGAUAACCUCAAAUGUUUCGGUUGUCGUUCACAUGUUGGAUGAAGUUCGCAAGCAUCCAAAAAAAUUUGUUUGCUUGAAUAGCAAUCUGGAUCCCAAGAGCAAGGACAACGAAUUAAUUCAUGCCCUUGUCCAGGAUACUUAUGAGUCUCUGUUCCCUGUGCCUUCAACAUUUGAGUUGCCAAUGAACUAUCGUAAUCGAUUUUUGUACGUGAAAGAAUUGCAGUCAUGGCGGAGAUGGAGAAACUUCAUACGGGCUCUUAUCUACGCUUGUCUCGCAUCCCUUAUCUUUUUAACUGUCAUCAACUUUUUCAGUGCUGAGCUGGAGAAUUUGCGCCGCAGAUGGUGCAGGAGACGACGAAGACGAGAUGGGUUUGCUGGCGUGAGGGUAUAGUAGGCUAUUGUAAAUAAUUUUGUAUUUACAGUUUUAUAUAUACAGGCUAUACUACUAUAUUUUUAUUGGCUUAUUGUACAAGUCUUAAUUUUUCAUAGUACAAAUAUGGAUGGUUGUUCGUGUGAUUUUUUGCACAGUUUGAUGCUUGAGGUGUAUGUUAUGUGAUAAGUCGAUCUUACUUUUUUAAGGAUUUAUGUAUUCCUAACAUAAGAAAUCAUGCUUUUGGUGACAUUUUUUUUUCAUCUCACAUUCCAGCAAGAAACACUGUAGAUUUAGUAGCUGAUGAAGAAAAAAUUGUUGUUACAUGAAGUAUUUGAAACAAGCUGCUUGUAUUGAUUCAGGCACAUAGGACUAUGAAGUGUAAUGUAACUUGAUAUGCAAGUUAAAACUACUUUAGUGUAUAGAUGGUAAACAAACAAGCAAAUCUACUGGCUUGUUAAUCUGUAUUUUAAUGGAGUAAUUGCUUCUCAGUACAUUACGUCUACUAUUAAAGUUUUAGCCACAAAGGUUUCUGUUUGUGAGUGAAAGGUCGACAUAGUCAUUUUCAUUGAACAGAGAAUCUAAGAGUCUUCAGUUUGUAUGAUAUGUAUUCAGUUGUUAAAGGAAAGUACCUUAGGUAUAUCCUCAGUUAACCAGAUAAUCAUGGUCUGGAUUUAUGACAGUUUUAAAUGUUGUGCUCACAUUAUUUUUUUUUUUAUUGCAUUGAAUAUUGACCAAAAUUUGCAGUAUAUUAUUUCAAACUAACUUUUGCCAAUUUAUAUGCUUUCGUGCCAGUAGUACGUAUUUGGUUUUCUGUAUUCUAAGCUUUUCAUUGAUUUAUCAAUAUCUUUGCAUUAAUGGCACAAGAGUUGUUGUUAUACUGAAAGUAGUAAAUCAGUCGAAGGAAUCUUACAUGGAGUAUGAGUUGAUGAGAAAAAUAACAUAAUUUUAUUGUCUUAGUUGUACUGUCUCUUCAAACCUUAUAAUGGUUGGAGAAAUAUUGACACAAACUGGUAAGGCAGGAUUUUUGUAAGUUCCUGAUGGAAGGGAGUUUUGUUCAGCAGAAUGCAUUCAAUAAAAACGUAAAGGUCAGUGUUUAAGAUGCUUGUGUGGCCAAUUGCUUAGUAGUAGUAGUGUGGUGGGAUGGGCCUUCUAUACACACUAGCUCAUGAAAAUAGUUUUUGUUGCCAUUGCAUGAUAAUGGUCUUUGUAUUGCUCUAAUAACAGAGUGACAAAUAAAUAGGUCCUGGAUAAGGUAAGUUUCUUUUAGUCAAAUUAUACCCAUAAAAUGAGGACAAUAUUCCAUAAGAUCGAGCUUUUUGAAGAAUGAUUGACAGUCAGAUUCUGAAGAGCACUGUGCACUGUAAUGAGACAGAUAGAAAAAGUUGGAAGACCUGUUUUUCCCUACUCCAAUUCUGUUAAGUAUGAUAUACUAUUAUGUAAAUGCAAAAUAUGUGCCUGGACCAAAAUAUUUGCAGGAAGAGCCUGAUAGGGCUGUGAUUUUAGGAAGCAAGAGGUGGUAGGAGAAGAAACAUGUUAGAGGACAUGUUCAAUGAGCAGUGGAACCUUAGUAGCUUUGAUAUUAGUGCACAGUAUUUUACAACUGAAUACUCAGAUGAUAUUGUAAGGUUUCUGGAAUGUGUCACUCUUGGGUAAAAACAAAAUUGGUGAUAUAUUCAGAACUACCUCUUUAUACUGUAUGAAUAUCCAGUUGUGAAAUAUAUUUGGUAAAGAGAUGAAAAGCUGUUAGUAUCAAAUCAAACUAACAGAAUGUAAAUUUUUAAUAACAUAAUAAUGGGCAAGUUCUGUCAGUAUUUAGUGCAAUGUGAAACUAAGUUUUUUUAUUCAAUGUGUUAAAAAUCAAGCUUUACAUUUAACACUGAGCGAGGCGAAUCUUUGUAUGUAAGCAGAAAUUAUAGGUUGUGUAAGUACAUUGUUUAUAAAAUGUAAUGCAGAAUUUAUUGAUUUUUAUCUUAGUACUAUUUUUUAUCAAUGUUUAUGAAAUGUAAUGCAGAAUUCAUUGAAUUUAUCAUAGAAUUGAUGGCAAUAAAAAUGAGGAAGCGCAGACUUGCUUUGACUUAUAAGCAACAAUACAAACAUUUAUCUGUCUACACAUACAAGUUACAAAUUUCGAGAAAUAAGAAAAAAAUUAACAUUUUAUUUUCCAAGUGGAAUGCACAAAUAAACAAAUUACAAAUAACUUACAUAUGUACUUAAGGUAUUAAAGAUAUACUCAAUCAAUUUUGAAUGCAAUCUACAUAAGUAAGAGGUAAUACUACUUAUUUUAUAUGGAUUUUCACCAUAAUACAUAAUUCCUUUUCUAAUUUGGUCUGAUAACUGGAAACUGGACUAGUCGUUUAGAGUUCAAGGACUGUCUGCACCAUAUUUCUGAACAUUAUUUUUUUCCCUUCAUUUAUGAACCAUGUUUUGCUGAUUCAGUAUUUUUUUCAUUAAAGUUACUGGGAUGUUAAAAAUGAUUAUCAUGAUUAGUUUACAAAGUAAUAUGUAUAUGCUUCAUGUUUACUGCACGUUAAAUGUAAAAGUUACUGGGAACGUGGAAUUUUGAAAAAUUUUGGAAGGCAUAAGUCAGCUAUGAAUCCUAAUUUUUGUGAGCAGAAUAAAAGUUUUUCAGCAUUACUGUGUUCCGUAAUCUUAUUAAUACGUACUGUACUUUGUGUUAUGUAAUUUUUCUAGCUAUCUAAUUUUUUACCUAUUUGGUGUAAUUUUAAGUGAUGAUAUACUGUUGUGACAGCCAUGUGUUUUAUCAUAUUGCUCUCCAUACUUUUAGAUUUAUUCACACUUUUAGUUUGCUGAAGUGUUUCACUCAUUUUGGUAUUUUAACUGAAUUGCAUAUUUUAAAUUGCUAUACUGUGAUAAUAUGUUCUGAUAUUUGAUACUCUUCAAAUCAUGAUUACUGAUAAGUUAUCAUCACUGCAGCUGGAACUGAAUGAAAUUUAUAUGUAGAUUGUUUCUGGUAGAAAUCAUUCCUAGAACAGUUUUGACAACUGGGAUGGGGAUGGUGGAAGUGGAUUUGUUAGUACAUUGCCAGAUAGUGCUCGUGGUAGCUAUCAGAAAAUAAAGCAGGCUUUUUUUUUCAAUCAUAGUAAGCCAGGAAAGAGAAAGCAAAAUAUCUGCACUGGAGCAAGUUUUGAUAGGGAAACUCAAAACUAAGUGAUGCUUAUUUUGGAAGAGCUUAAUGUAGAACUUCCAAGCUAUCCCUUCUUAGGCAUCUGGUCUAAAAAAGAUGCAGGAAAUUUGCAAUUUUUAUAUUUUUUUCCAAUUACAGUUAAUUACAUCUAGAAGGUGAAUGCUCAGUCGUUGGAAAGAGUAUCAAAUGCAUUAGUAGUGUAUUGUACAUUAUUUGACUUUGAACACAUCAGUUUCUUUUCAUAAUACUCUUUGCCCACUUGUUGAUGUACAUUUUAGCUUUGCUUCCCUUAUCAACCCAAGAUAAACCAGUUCUUUCCUCCAUGUCCCAGUUUUUCUCAGCGUGUAAAAUGAAUCCUGGAGAGUGUAAUAGAAGACAGCAAAAUUCUUUAAUGUUAUUUUAGAAAGUUUCAAGAGACCUGUCUUUGACCAGUUAUGUAUAGUAUCAUCAAACUUACAACGAUUAGACAGCUAGCUGUGUUUUGCCAUGAAACUGAAUAUGGUUUGUGUACCAUAGCAGAGAAAUAGGGAGGUAUGCAUACCUAAUUAUGUUAACAUUUAAGCACCAGUGUUAUUUUGAGUGAUCAUGAAAUGUUUUAUGCCAUGUAUAUUGUGCAAAUUAUUUAACCUUUCUAGUUUUGCUCAUAUAUAUAUUUUUUUUGCUAUUCCAUAGGAACUUUUUACUCAAGUAUGUUCAUUUAUUUGACAUCUGUCAUUUAUAUCUGCUGAUAUCGUUUCAAGUUUGUCAUGUUGUCAUGUCAGUCCUCUGAUUUGAGUGUGAAUGUUUUUUUUACAUAUUUAGCGUAUUUGUUUUCUUUAGUGCGAUAGUGAUGAUGACUCUCCUUUUGAACAGAAUUUUCCCCUUAUUUUACAGAGGUUUUAGAUCAAUUUUUUUAGCUGCUUGAUAUUUUAUAUUAAAGGUAUCAAAAUAUAUUAUUGAAGGAAUGAUCGUGUAAAUUAGGUAUCAUUCCAAAACUCUUUUAUUUGAUAAUUUUGUUAAAAGACCUUAAUCUUAACUGUGCUUGCUGUUAAUUUUUCACCAUGGCAACAAAUAGUUACAUUGACCCCCGUGCUUGGCUCUUGGCUCCAAAUAUACCAGUGCUCUCUAGUUUCACUCAUAGACCAAUUCUGCACAGUGACAGUCUGUGAUAAUCUGUAUGCAACAAGGAGUGAAGCCAUCAAAUCUGCCAUGAAAUGUGGACAGACCUUUGGACCAGGUUUUGCCUGAAAGCCAAUUUGGAAUAUUUUAUCUAUACCACCAUACAUAGUCCCAAGACCUUUCUCAUUGUCUCACAGAAAUCAUAGCUAUAUUGUACAGUGGAUCCCCCGUAUUUGCAUUCUCAACAUUCGUGGAUUUCUCUAUGAACUAUAUCUACCCAUUAUUCGCUGGAAAUUCAGGUAUUCGCAGUAUUUUUCUAUGAGAAAUCCACAGAUUCCUUUUUUUUUUUUUUUUUUUUUUUUUUUUUUUUUUUUUUUUUUAUCAUCUUCAUCAUAAAAUGCAUUUUUUUUUAUAUAAAACUAUUAAAAAAAAAACAGGUAUAAACAUUUUUAGUGUAUUUUUCUUGAGUUUCAAGUAACAUAAUAGGCAGUCAACUAUUCGCAGGUUCUAGCUAUUCUGGGUGGAGUCUGUUAACACAUCCCCCACAAAUACAGGAGGAACACUGUAUUGCUUAUACUACAGUAAUAUAUCUUCACGAUAAUUUCUCAAGUUAUAGGCUAACCCUCUUAGGUUUUUCUUUUGUAUAUUGACAAGUCCAAGUUUUGGUUCCUAUGAAGUUUAUAUAGGAUAUUUUGUUUACUCAUGUAAUUCUGGGGAAAUUGCACUUUUGCCAUAACUCAUUAAUGUUUGAUUUUCAUGUAGAAUUUAGGGUCAUUACUCAAACAUUGGGAGACUUGGGCUUCUUUCUUACUAUGAAGUCAUUUCUCUAUUCUAUUGUUAUUGGAGUGUUUUGUGCUUGCUGAAUUUCAUCUUUUUAUAUUUAAAAAGUUACCAUUGCACUUAAUUUCAUUGUUUGGUAACAGAGUUUUAGUUGUAAUUGUAUAUCAUCUAUAUAAUUUAUGAAAAGCUUCUUGAAGAGUUCUUUUAAGUCGGUUAAUUUUCUUUACUGUAUUCAAAAGUUUUAAUAAUUCAGAAUGCAACCAAUGGUAGAUCAGCAAUACAUGACAGGAUCUGCAUCUUAACAUAAGAUGAAGGAUGCCUUCCUGAAGUGUUAUAUAAUUCCCUACUUGGUAUGUUACCAAUUCUCAAAGACAAAUAUCGGCUAUAAUUCAACAUUUUUACAAGGAAAUUUCAUUGUAGGCAAGAGUAGACCAACAAUUUUUUUUCUUUCUUUUUUUUGCAUUUGGUAGUCAUGGGAAACAGAAUUGUUUUCCCAGAAUUGAUAUUUUUUUGGGGGGGAUGUUUGGGGGGGCCACAUAUCAGAUAUCUGAAAAGCAAUGACCAAAUCUUUGAUCUCUUGUUUUAUUAGGGCUUGUUUUUCUGUACCAAGUUUGUGAUAUUUCUCAUUCAGGAUCAGGAACUCGAUCAAGCUUUUCACCCUUUUUCCGAAUGAUGCAGUCAACCAUAUUGAUAUCUUCACUCAAAGAAUGAUGAAUUUAAUACAUUUAGUGUCUUUUUUUAAGGUGAUUGAAUAAAGUACAAGAUUUCAUGUCAUAAUAUGCAAUUUGUAUCCUUAUAAACAAAUAAUUAAAAAUGCAAUGUGGUGUUCAUUUAAUCACAUUAAACCUCUUAUGAGCUUGAACACUGAAAAGCUACAUUUCAUUUUAGAAUCAGCCCCUAUUGAAAUCAGCCUGAGGAAACACUCAACUUCAUAUGAGAGUGGGAAAGAAUUCCACAAACAUUUGAGGAAAAUAAGCAAAAAUUAGAUAAGGUGAAAGGAUAUUUAGGGGGAAUACCAGUUACAAUACUAUGCUUUACGUGGAACAUUGUAGUUAGUACUUAAGAGUCUUUGCAUAGACUCCAGCUGCAUUAUUCUUUUCCAUUUACUUGUCAAGUAAUGCCCUUCAUAGCGAGCUUACUAACAUUUUUGUCGAAUAACAAUUUCUUGUUCAAAAACAAUACCUUGGUAGCCAUAGGAAUUUCUGUCCACUGUUCAUUUGUGUGAUUAAUCAAAUUUAGAACUUUGGAUGCAUAUUCAUGAAAGAUCUUGAUGGUUUGGAUAUAUGAUAAGGAGGGAUGAGGAAAGGCUACUCAGAAUAGUAAUCAAUAUGGAAGCAGGAGAUCAAAGGCUAGUAAGAAAGUAUAUGUAAAUCAUUACAGAAAAAGGGGAUGAUAGAGACUUAAGCGAGAUAGGAAUUCAGACAAUUGCUCAAGACUGAAGAUUGUAGAGAAAACUUUUCACGACCAGCCUUACGAUAGGAUAAUGGGGUGUAACUGUGGAGGUGACACUUUGAAAGGCUUGACUUGAGAAUAUUCUCAGCAGAAAGACUUUUAAAGAGUUUUGGUAAAUUAUCGAAUAUGUUGAUUUUGCCAAGAUUUCUUUAUUUUAUAAUCCCUGUUAUAAAAGCAAAUAUAAUGAUUGUCAAAAAAUCAAGAUAGGCCUCUUAGUGGCCACAGCAUUAGGCUACUGUGAUAUACUAUUGUUAAAUGUUAGCAGUGGAACAAAAGUUGCUUGUUAAUGGAAAAGUAGUCUUGUUUAGGAAAUGCAUAAUACAUAAGAUUGCUUUUUAUGUUAGAUAAGUCAUUUCAGUUUUUUGUAAUACAUUUAUAUUAAAUGAAUGGCCAUGUGAAGCAGCCUUUUCAUCAAAAAAGACCGAGUCAACAAUGACAAUUCAGGUCUUUAAUAAAAAGAAUCUUUUGAUGACCAAGGAAUGUACCAGUGGCAUGGGAACUAUACCACAUUGUUUGUUUUUAUUGUGUUUUGUAAUGUAUAUGGUUAUGGUAAUGUGUACUAAACAAUAAUUCCUGUUAGUAAUAUGUUGAUUAAUGAAGUAAUAAUAAUAGGAAUUGUAGUAAGUUUUUGGUUUAUGGUGAAGCUUUUCUUGUGUUUUAUUUAUGUGUUCUGUGUGGCUUUUAUGCAAAUAUCUGGAGAAUUUUUAGAAUACUGCAUAUUCAAACUGAGUGAUGGGUGUGUAUGUGGUCAAAACAUUGUAAGCUUCUAUAGUAAUCAAAAAGCUCUCAUUGACGCUGUUAUACUUUUCAAAGACAGCAAAAGUGAUUUGGGCAUAUACUUUUUGGUUAUUUUUCUUCUUAAGCUUUCUUGCUUUGGUAUACGUAAAUACAUUGGCGAGAUUAGAAUGCUUGCCUGCUAAAAAAUCUACCAUCUGGACUUAAAUAGCAGAAACUCAAUGUUGGAAGGCUCUCAUUGUACUUAUUGGGGAUCCAAGAGGUUGCAGUAAACUUAUGCAGAGAUUCAUAAGUAGAAAAAUAAAUUUCGUUCCACCCAAGGCAAGAAUAACUAGAAAAGAUGCAACAGUUCAUCUGUUGUUCAAACAAGAGACACUCAUAAUGUAGUUUAUUCAGGGACAUCUGCUUUGUUUGUAUGUUUUGUCAACUUAAUGAAGUACACACUUUUCGUGGACAGAUGACUUAAUUAGAGCUUAAGUAAUUGUGUGUGUGCUGUACGAGCUUUCAUCUUGGUCAAAGUAGAUAUGCUUUUUUUUAUUAUCACUAUGACCUGUCAAUAUUCCCUUUGUUACCUUACUUUGUAAAUCAGUUUAUAGAUGGUUUACAUUAUUGACAGUAUAAUCAAAAUAAAUGUUAGAACAAGUAGGCAUAAUUCAGAUCCCACUUGAAAUGUUUAUACAAAGUUACAUUUUCUCUAAAGAUUUAACAGUAUUUGCAAAACUUUUUCUGGUGGUGUUUUGAUAAUACUACUGUAUAUAUAAACCCUCUUCAAGAAAGAUUUUGACACUACUGUGUAUGCAAAACUUUAUUUUAUUGACAGGUACGUUUUAUUUUGUAACUGACCCUCUUGGUUUCUGGGUUAGUGGUGAUUGUCAGUAUUUCAUAAUAGUAUGUACUGUUGGUAUUUUGGUGAUUUAGCACUGGAGAAUACUAUUGAAUGUUGUUUAUUUUUUAUGGCCAUUAAAAGAAAAACUUGAGAUGGUGAACUUAAGUUUAAAAAAAUAUUUAAGUUCAUAAGGAUAUAGUGCAGAUCUGGAAGGGGUACAAGGUAGUAUUGAAAAAAUAUACACACCUGGAAGGAGUAGGUGAAGUCUAUGUGCAAGAGAGAGAGAAAAUGCUUGUCAAGAUUAGAUUGAAGAUGGACAAGAUGGAAAAUAAUGAAGAAAUUGCUAGAGAAACAUUAUAGUACUACAAUGUUAUGUAAUUCUCAUAAUAUCUUGAAAUGCUGUUCAGCUUCAACACUGUUCCAUUGCAGUCUCAUAGAAAUUUUAAUUCAAUUUCUAUUUAAUUUCAAAACUCCACAAUGGUGAAGUUUAAUCAUAGUGUGCCUAAUGAUACCCAUUAUCAGAAUGUUAUAGGUUGCUCAAUUUUCAAGGUUAUGUGGAUUUAAUUAAAGUAAGAAAUAUGUAAAUGCUUGAUGAUAGGAAAGUUGUUUGGUAGGGGUUUAAAAUUACAUGUAAGUGUUUUGUUUUGAUAUUUGUUAAUACUCUGACUUUUGUCAAAUGUGAGAAUGUUUGAUGCCAGGUUUUCAACUUGGGUUAUUCUCAGUUCUUAUAUAGUAUUUGUGAAUUAUGACAGUAUGUCUCCGUUACAUAAUUCUAUAAUAAUUACUUUGCAAGCAGUUCAUGUAUUGUUUUCAGAAGAGGUACACUGGGUUGUGAAGCGUUGAAAGUUUUAUGUGACAAUUUCAACUGCAUUUUGUAAACAUUUUACAACAAAUCAUCUUUUUUCUGGUGUGUUAUUUGUUGACAAUAGGUGGUGAUUAGUGAAGUGCUAUAAUUGUUUGCCAUUUUUUAAGGCAAAAUCUGUUCUCUAUAUCGUAAAAGGAUUUUUAAAAGAAACAAUUUUGUGGAGAUUUGUUGAAAUAUGUAUUGAGGGUAUUUAUAAAUGAAAGGAGACCUUCUCUUGCCUUUUCUUUUUACGGUGGAUUAUGGUAUUUUUUUCGGUCUCACUACAAAAGUCUUCUCUGAUUUACCGUACUGUCUUUUUGCCAUUUGCUGUGAACAAGUAUACUUUGUACAAUGGACCUACAGCAUAAAGUGGAAAGCAUUCCUGGCCAUAGCUCAUAAAGCAUCAAGUAGUACAGUACAUAGUUUGGACAACUAUAUUUGGAAUAAGGGAUGUUAAUCCUCAACUGAACACAGAGCAUCUGUUUAUCAUACGAAGGACGUGUUCAGAACCCGUUUGCUUUUUUUCAAAAGUAGCAUUUUAUUUACCUUUUGAAAUAUUUGGCAACUAUUUUAAUUAAAAUUCCAUCCAUGAACAGCAAGACCUGUAUAUUAAAAGCACUGAUAAGUUUACUUUGAUUAAUUUUUAUUUCUUUCAUUUUAGCCAGCAAAAGAUUUUAAUAAAAUAAAUUCACUCAGUUUCUUAGUUGAUAUUGACCUUUGUGGUUAUAAGUCAUCUGUAACCCCAUUUGCUGUGUGUAUAUGAGCUGUGUUGAAAUUUCUUUGCAGAAUCCCAUCAUGGUUUUUUGUGUAUCAGUUUCCUUUGAAAUCUAGCCUUCACUUGCAAGAUCAAUUAACUUUGGUAGAAAGAUCAGCUAAGUACUUUCAGUUGUGUACACUUUCAACAGUAGUAAUCCUGUAAGAAGUGCCACCCACUCCCCAAAAAUUCAUGGAGACCUUAAACCUAGAACAGUAAUUGCAACAUGAAACCACAAGCCAUACAACCUAUGGUGCUUGAAUAUCCUGUGAAAUACACAAAGUCCAGAAUCAACAAUUUUGUCAGGAAGGUUCUCACUACUUCGAAUGAGUGUCCCAGUUCCAUGUUAAUAACAGAUAUUUAAACAAGGUGAUCAGGACUUUGAUGAACCUCUGGUACAACAAAGGAAGUGUAGCUCAGAUUCUUCGCAGUGAUGCCAUUAUCAAGCUUACUUCCCUGCAAUUCUUGCACCAGAAUUACAGGCAGCAUGAUGAGACCCUUAAAUGUAUCAUUGAUGUAACUGUCACACCUACAGCAUAGUUCAGGAACAGCUUAUCCUCCCCACUACCUGAGGCAGGUAAAAGCACUUGCCUUCGUUUCCUGCAUCUCCUGUGAUAACCCUACCAACUAACCUCAAGAACAUCAAAGUUAACGUGUCUAAAACUACUUUCUUUCCUCGGAAUCCUCAUGUCUAUGUAGUGUACUACCUUUCAUACAUUUUCAUUGCUCAGCACAAUUUUGUGUGGGAAAUGUCUGGGCCUUAAAAAAAUUGGAGGACCUAUGGAUAUCUGUGUUUCAGACAAAUGUUAUUUGCUAUUUACAUACACUGUAUUCUGUAUGAAAUUGUGGUAAUCUGAAGCUCCACUUUGUCUUACAUCUGACCUCAACAGAAUUUCACUGAUAUGCUGCCCCAUUUCAAUAAAUUUGCUUAUUUAGCAUUGUUGGUCACUGGUUUCCAUUUUAUUGGUAAAUUAGGUGGUACCUUCCUGCUCCUCCAGGUUGCUCUCCACAUAUAUAGUAAUCUGUGCUCAUGUUUGUGGGUUUUUCUUCAGUCCAGGAUGGAGUUGCUAUUAGUGCUGCUGAUUAAGGCACUUGUAAAAUAAGGAAAACAUGAAACAAUUUACAUAUCUCUAUAUAUCUAAAGAGACACAUGAUCUUAUUCUUAUUAUUCAGAUUCAUUAUAGUUUUAUAUUUCACAAAGGGAAUUUUAUGUAACUUUACAAAUCAACCGUAUUCAUCAUUCAUAUUGGCAGGCAUUGCAGUUAGGCCAUUGAAUAAUGGCAUCAGAAUGGCUGCUGUCUAGAAACAGCUUGGUAGGUCAGGCCAUCAAAUGUAUUUUUGUACUGGAAUUGUAUUAUUAUCAUUUUUAACCAAUGAGAGAUGAAUGACUGUUUUAUUACUGUAUUUUGUUUCUGCGAGUGUAAUAUUUAUCAAGUGUAUUUAGUCAAUUUAUGGUUUUAUUGGCAUCUCAUAAAUUCUAGUCAUUUAAUGAGAGGUUGCAGUGUUGUAGGUUAUUACUGAGGUUUUUCUGGUAAUAAAUUUUGUUUAUUUAAUGAAA